AUUCCCAACAUCCCUUUAGGGAAAGUGGAACAGCAGUACAUCAUCAGGAUUUUUUCCCCAGAUUAUACACUGCAGCAUCUAAAGACACAUCUCAGAUUGGAUUGUCUCAAGAGAACUCAGUGCUUAUAUACAACCACUGUCCUUGUUCUACAAUGA